GUCCAAAAAUGUGUUGCUUUCUUAUAGGGGACAUUUUAGUUAGCUGCACAAGCAUGUAAGCAUGGCGUCGAGCGGCUGACUCUGGGUUUUCUAACCAAACGACAGGCAUUUUCAUUUAAGUUUAGCUCUCGAAAGAGGAGUCAUGGAACACCCAGCUUGUAUUUUGGAGGAAUUGAAGCAGUAUGUCGUAAAUGAUGCCCCACCAACAGUGUAUUACAUCCCAGAUUUCAUAUCAGAAGAUGAGGAGUCCUACCUUCAACAGCAGGUGUACAAGUCUCCCAGAACUAAAUGGACUCAGCUGUCAGGCAGAAGGCUUCAGAACUGGGGAGGGUUACCACGUCCCAAAGGCAUGCUGGCAGAAAAGAUCCCUGACUGGCUCCAGACGUACUGUGAGAAAAUUUCCGCUCUAGGUGCAUUCAGUGGGAAAACCGCCAAUCACGUGUUGGUGAAUGAGUAUAAAGAAGGGGAAGGGAUUAUGCCUCACGAAGAUGGCCCUCUGUACCACCCUACCGUCACCACCAUCAGCCUGGGCUCUCACACCCUCCUCGACUUCUACACGCCUGUCAGCAGCCAGGAAGGCGAUGCACCACAGACCGAGGAGAGCCGCUUCCUCUUCUCCCUGCUGGUGAAGCCGCGCAGUCUUCUAAUCCUGCAGGAUGAAAUGUACCAGCGUCUUCUUCAUGGCAUCCAGCCCUGCGCCCAGGACACGCUGACAGACAAGGUGGUGAACCUGUCUGCGGCCGCGGCCCUGCCAGGAGAGACACUGACCCGAGGCACCAGAGUGUCACUGACCAUACGACAUGUGCCCAAAGUUCUGAAGACAAAGCUUAUACUGGGGAGGAAAUGAAGAAAGACUGCAUGUUGACCUGAUAGUUUGCUGUGGUACUACAUGCUGUGUUUGUCACUGACACCAUCAGGCAUAUUAUCAAUGGGAGUCAUGUUUCACAUGUGUCUAUAAUGGAUCAUUUCUAGCUUUGUUAAAAAUCUGUGCUGCCUGAUCUCACUGUACCUCUAGAGCUCCAUUAGCUUUUCUGGACAUUAUCAAAGGCAACAAUACAACGAGGGUUGCAACUACAAAUUGUUUCAAUUUCUCUAAAAUAUUUUAAGGAAUUACGGGAUCUACAUAGAAAAUAUCUACAGGAGGAGAACGGUGUGUUUAAAUGUGGUAUUUUCAGUUGAUGGAUGACUGUAAUCAUUAUUCAAUUGUUAAAACUGGAAUCAGUUUUUGUUGAUUUAUCAACUUCUUGUUUCAGCACUACAUACAUAAAAUGGAUUGAAAUUGGUUGUA